GAGAGGUGGAGAGAGGCAGGUGUCGUACAAAGAGAGAGAGGUAGAGAGACCUCCAGACAGAACAGGAUAGAGUCAGAGAGGGAGCUGAGGGUCGUCAGUCCCAGUGGCGGGAACAGAGAGAGGCAAACUGCGGGGAAAUCACAGAUGAAAAGAAACUAAAAGAGAAUAAACUCACUCUUCUUCUCUCUUUUCUGCUCUAACAUGGCGGGAUCCUCCAAUACCCCUCUGUCCCGGACCUCCACCCCGCCCACCGACUCUCUCUUCCACUCUGACGCGCCCUAUAGCGCUCCCAACCUGGCCAGCUCCCCGCACCUCCCCGCUGCUCGCCUGGCCGGAGCUUUCCUGAGCGGCAGAGUCCCCGUCAGUGUGAACGGGACGAGCGGCGGAGGCGGCGCGGCUCCUUCGCACACCGAGUGUAAGAUGGUGGAAGUUCACGGCGUGAAGGUGGCUUCGUUCACGGUGAACGGCGUGGAGCUGAUCUGCCUCCCGCAGGUGUUCGAGCUGUUCCUGAAGCACCUGGUGGGCGGACUGCACACCGUCUACACUAAGCUGAAGCGGCUGGACAUCAGCCCGGUGGUCUGCACCGUGGAGCAGGUGCGCGUCCUGCGGGGGCUCGGCGCCAUCCAGCCCGGAGUCAACCGCUGCAAGCUCAUCACCAGGGCCGACUUUGAGACGCUGUACCGGGACUGCACCAACGCCAGCUCUCGACCAGGUCGUCCUCCGAAGCGAACCCUGGGCGUGACCACGAUGACUGACGGCUCCAGACUCCUCCCACAUGGUUUGAUAAGCCCCGCCCUGCUGUCACAAACAGGUCUGACGGCGGCGGCGAUGGCCGAGGCUCUGAAGCUGCAAAAGAUGAGGAUGAUGAUGGGUUUCCAUGGCAACUGCGACCAGCAGCGACAUCACAAUGGAGCCGAGUCAGAGAACGACGACACAGGAGGCAGUGAAGGAUCCUGGGAGAAGGAGCAGCGCCUCCUCUCUCCUCCUCCCUCCUCAGUUGUGGUGCCUCCUCCUGGUUCUGCUUCUCUCCACCUCAACACUUUGCAGCAACACAGCACGCUAUUGGCCAACCGUCUGUCAGACCUUCCAUUUAUGGUCAUGCCACACCCCCUCCUCCCUGUUGGCCUGCCCCCUGCCAGUGUUGCCAUGGCAAUGAACCAGAUGAGUCAGCUGAGCAGUUUGGCAAACGUGGCUGCUGUGUCACACUUUCAGAGAGAAGAGAUCAAGGAGUCUCCUCUGGGAAGCCCCUCCCCCUGCCCCUCCCCCAGUGAUGAUGAGCUCCACCCCCAAGAGCCAACCAGCCAAUCACCUUCCAGGGCAUCUUCAUCAUCCUUCUCAUCACCGCCUCCUGCAGCGCACACACCGGAGCUAGAUUGUGAGAUCGCAGAGCAAGAAAACAACAUGAAAAAGGUGUUGAAAGAAAAAGAUGACAGCCUGUUGCCACUCCCCCUCCUCAAACCGGCCUAUGAGAAGCUGCCGCUCACCUCUCAGCCGCUGUCAAUCAACCACGCGAACCCCACCUUCACUCCAUUUCUGUUGGCUGAGGGUCUGUCGUCCAUGGAGACGCUACUGACCAACAUACAGGGUCUCCUGAAGGUGGCGGUGCAGAGCGCUCGAUCUCAAGACAAACAAAACCAGAUGGAGAGGAAAGAGUUAAAACUGGAGCUUGAGAGAGAGAGAGACGCCCGACAGACGCUCCAGAGACAGCUGAGCUCUGAACUACAGACCAGAGUGACGAUCCAGAGGAGGCUGAAGAAGGAGAAGAAGGCAAAGAGGAAGCUGCAGGAGGCGUUAGACUUUGAGUCGAGGAGGAGAGAGCAGGUGGAGAGAGCUCUCAAACACUCCGACUCCCUCACAGACGCAGUGAAUCCUGAGAGCGAACUGGAGAACAAACAGCAGGAAAACUCUGCAACUCAAGAGAAGCGACCGUUCAUCAAAGCUCCGCUCCUCUUCUGAGCAGGAGGGAUGAAGCGAUGAAGAGGAGGAAGAACUGGACCUCCUGAACCAGAAGAAAAGAAAAGACAAGGAACAAGAAGAGGAACUAAAUAUUAAAAGUCCCAUCAGCCACUGCUUCCUGUUUUUCAUUCAACUAUUAUUAUUAUUAUGAUUAUUAUUAUUAUUAUUGGAAAAAGAGAAGGCUUGGAUACCCUGAGGGGUCACAUGACCAUCUGUGGUGUCAUCAGCUGAAUCCCAAUCCCCGCCCUGCUGGAUCUGAACUGGUUUUAACAAACAAACUGGACUGGAAACUGCUGGAAACAGGUGCUGAUAGUUCCCACCUGUAGGGGGCGGAGUCAAACCUGAAUGUGUAUUUAAUGUUUCUUUACUGCUGUAAAACUUUAAUUAGCAUUUGGUACUUAGACCUGAUACAAGUUGUAAUGCUUGUACUACCUGCAGUAGUUACUGUUCAUUUGUUGGGAUUCUCGAUGUAAUAAGUAACCUUAACGAGCUCAGACGUUUAGCAAUUUUAAUUCCAUCCAGAAAAUGUUGCUGAUGUCAGGAGUGACGUCACCCUUACCUGUGUGGCAUUGUGACAUCACAGGGUGGGCGGGGUCAUAAGGUCAGCAACAUGGUUAACGAGCUGUGGUAACAAGGCAGCAGUGAUGAGUUGAUAAGUUUGUCCUGUUUUUAUUUUGCAGAUCAGUAAACUGUACAGUGUUUCAUCACCAUCGUUAUUCUAACUAAUUAUUAUAAUUAAUUUUUAAAAUGUAAAUACUGAACAGAAGAACAUGAACUUUGUGUUUUACAAACAUUUCCCAUACAGCAGAGACAAGAUUUUCUAUUAGCGUUAAUCUGAACCGGCACAUUAAUGUUUUGUUUUUUAAGUCCAGUUACUGAACGAGUUUUAAUGUUAUGAACGAAUAAGAAACCUGAUGGCAUCGUCCUGCUCCUGAGACGUGAUUGGCUGAUUUAACUUUGUUUGUUCACAAAAAAAUAAAUCUAUGUUAUGUUAUGUUAUACAGACGUGAUACAAAUAAAUCUAUAAACACAAGAAGAAGAAACUGUUGAUCAAUAAAUCUUUAACAUAAA